AUGGAAUCAAAACAAUUGACGUCGGCAGAAUACCAAUUGCUGUCGUCAGAAUUACACGCGGGUCUUCGUCGCAUAUUGCGUAAAAGUCAUCUUGCAAUGGAUGAUCAUGAGAGCGCUGCGGUGGCAAGUGAAGCCCCUUUGAAGAUGAGCGACACUCGCCCCCGUGGUCGUCCCCGUGGGCCAUGCAGCAAAGUUCGCAAUCUUGCUACCUACAAGCUUGUCGAGAAUUUCAAUAGCGUAAUUCAAGGCUGGACAGAUGCAGAGCUGCGCAAGAACCCCUUUGGUCCACUGAAGAAUCUGCACCCUUCAAACCAUGAAAUUCAAUACUACAAAGCCCAAAUGAUUGAUAAGUUCGCUGACGCUCCCGAGGAAGACCCCUGUGUUAAAUGUCAAGAACGGGGCUUGAAGUGUCAGAAGAGCUGGAAUCCUUAUGACCGCUCCGGCCGCGCCACCAAGUUUGGGGAUCAAGCCUGGAUUAAGACCACUCGAUGCUCGGGGUGCUUGCGCGUAGCCGACGGCAAAUGUCAUGGUAGCAAGGACACAGAUUUCCGGAAGGCCCUCCGGUACCCUGCAGGAACCGCGCGCCUUAUUGGCCCUACGAAAAGAACAAGAAACGAUCGAGUCCAAGACGAGAAAGUUGGAGUUCAAGACCAGCAAGUUGGAGUCCAAGACCAGCAAGUUGGAGUUGAAGACCAGCAAGUUGGAGUCCAAGACCAGAAAGUUCGAUACCAAGAACAGCAAGUUCAAGGGGAGAGUAUUCAGCUAGCUGCCUCGAUUUCCAGCGCUAAACCUUCGCAUCUCCGAAAGGAUGUUCCCGUAAUCUUCCGGGGCCUGAAGCUUCUUCCAAUGCCACAAGGCACGACAUUUGAGCUUUAUAUUCCGGCUGUGGUUGGUGGCCGCCGAUGUGAGCCCGGUGACACUGUUCGAAGCGAGGAUCUUACGAAUCGACAGCUUCAAGCCCAGUUGGACGCAGUGGACAGUAUGACAGCCAGGGUUGCAUACAGUGACUUUUCGGCCACCACCUGGUCAGAUGCGCAAGUGGUGCAAUCAAAUCAGAGCCAAUCUCACGUUUUCGGCGCAUCUCGAUACCCUGCUCAGAGCUCUUUGCGUGCGCAGGGCUCACCAGCUUUGGGCCGGGACGACCGGGCCGAUGUACUCGAGCGUGACUUUCGGCCACCGCCUGGGGGCUCAAGGAACGACGGACGGGCCGUACCAAAUGUGCAACCUGCAAGAGCCUCCCGAGUACUCGAGAGCCCUUCGGAUGACGAAACUAUGGUUGUCCCCGAGAAAGCUCGCCCGGUCACGCCCCGAGCCAUGCAGGGCAAGAGAGAGGCCUCCGAUGAUGCCGAUUCCAACAUUCUGUUCAAGGUGCCCGUUCACAAGCGGGCGAAGAAAGGCGGAACGAACCACUGA